AUGGCGCGAAAGAGGAAAGAUGUUGGGAUUGGAUCAAAUGCACAAGAGCCCCAUGAGAAGUUCGUGUUGCCUCGCCUUCUAAAACUUUGCCGCCUUAUUUACAGCGACGACCCGAUGAUCGAUGAGGUGGGCUCCCGGAUAAAGCUUGUCAGCAUUCACGGUUAUGGAGGGAUUAUAGAUGAAGACAAAGGAUGUGGGAAGGAUGUUGGAAGAGCUCUACUCAAGAAGCUGAAGACUGACCAGAGGUUCGAAGAGGUUUUGAGUGUCAUAGCCAAGAGCCGCCCAGAAGAACCCAAUGGAAAGAAAUCAACGGGAGAAGAGCACAACAGUGACCCUGCUUUUUCCUUGGUGAAAACAACGUAA